UCAGCUGACGGGUUUGAUUCCUGAUUGCGUUAGAUAUUAAAAGGGAUGUUUGCUUUCUUAAACUAACAGUUAAGAAUUGCAAGCGAUAAACGUGCAAAACAUACAAAAGGAAUCGAAUUUCAUUGUUCUUCAAACAUGCGGACAAAGAACAACCUUUAAGUUUGAUGAAGAUGGAAGACGACUUUUACGAUCCAUUAAGCACGCCUUGGAAAGAAGCUAACUUUGAUCUCAAGUAUUUUUGGGCGGUAUUGGUCGUCCUCACGGCAACAGCCACUUCUUUCGCAAACGCCCUGGUAGUUCUUGCAGUAUGGAGAGACCCCAACAGAAAUUUACAGAGGGUGCCGUUGAAUCUUCUCAUUGCGAGUCAAGCUCUGGCCGAUUUUUUCGUGGGUUUAGUACAAGAACCCUUAUGUGCUUGGUGGAUUUUAACAUUUUCCUCUAGAGCUGUUCAUUCAAUUGAAGCAGUGAGUUCAUUGUUCCUGGUUUCGUCGCUUUUUCAUGUAGUCGCUUUGUCGUUCGAUCGAUAUACAGCCGUGGCGAAGCCAUUACAGUACAGCGCAACAGUGACAAAGAAACGAGUGUUUUUUUGGAUUAUGAUAAUCUGGCCCUAUAGCAGUAUCUACAUGUCGUAUCGCACAGUGUUAAGGGAACUUAACUACUCGAUUGUGCUCAUAAAUGUCAUAUCUGGGGCCCACACCGUGCUGCCGUCAAUCAGCAGCGUCGUGUUUUACUUUCGUCUUUACUGCGUCCUGAGAAGGCAUCGAAAGAGCGCCGCAUCGAGCAACCUUGACGAGUCAGGGAGACUUGUAAUGAAUGCUUACAGAAGAGAGCGAAACAUGACCAAGGCGAUGUUGGUAGCUUUGUGUCUAUUUCUGUUUUGUCUCACCCCUUGGUUUGUCUUCUAUCAAGUGAUUGGAGCCUGUCCAACAUGUGAAGAUCACAAAUCGUACGAAAUGUACUUGUUUGCCAUAUUUUAUUACAUCUUCACCAUGAAAUCUCUGCUCAAUCCGUUCCUAUAUGCUUGGCGGCUUUCAAAGUUCAGAGUAGUUUUCAAAAGUAUGCUAAAAAUAAGACGUAACCAGCGAAUAGAAGCCAUUAGCUCGUCAAAUUCCAGCUGAACAGGAAGUAAAUACAUCUUAGUAUAGUACAGUUCAUCAGACGUGUUUGCACGCACAUGUUAUAUUCGCUUGUCUAAGUUUCCAUAGUAAGGUGUCACUUUCAAAUGAUUCGUAUUUGCUAAUUGUACAUUCUAAUCAAGUUCCUUCCAGUUUCCAUUGAUAGAUGAAAUUGAAUUAUAGGAAACCAAACCAUGUACGAUCACUUAUGCAAUAGAGUACUCACUUUAAUUUCCGUUUAAAAAUUAAAAUGAAUUAAAUAUGGAAUGUUACAAGAAGAGGUAGGAUCACAAUCGAACAGCAAUCAAAUGCUGAGUCACUCGACAAGACUCAGCAUUUUUGUUUUUUUUGUUUUUUUGUUUUAUUCUGAGUCUUGUCGAGUGUCAUUUGUCUUCUGAUGAAAUAUAGCGUGUUCCAUGCUCCAUGCCUGGGACAGACUAAAUAUAUUGACCAAUCAAAACCGCACACCUCGUUGAACGAGUAAGUUUUGUUUCCACCUCCCUCCCCUCCCCCUUUACGAGAGUCUCAAGGGGGAGGGGGGGGGGGAGGUCACCAGGUCGCCGUAAAACGAGCCAAAAAUUUAGCCGUUAGGGGUAAAAAUUGGAACAUUUUAACCGUUAGUCAUAAAAACUGUUAACCGAAAGAAAAUUUUAGCCACGAAAGUGAGAGUCUUACGAUCUCUGGUCAGGACUUUUUUGUAUCUUGUCUUAUGGCUUCGUAGCGCAGGGAAAGGCGGGAGACUAAGAAGUAAGCUUUUUCAAUCCUGGGAUGAUCCUAAGACCUUAAACCAAGCUGAAGUUGUCUGCCAAUUCACUGCCAAUUCGCCAUCUGCCAAUUCGACCGGCUGAAACUGUCUGCCAAUUCGAUUUAAAAUUCAGUAGUGGAAAUUACAACAUAAAAUCAUUUAAAUAUCUUUACCAAUUGCUCAAAAACAAUUUCUAGCUGCAUUGAAAGCUAUUAAUUUGCGCCAAACGCUCACGUAAAUUUGUAAAAAGAUGCUGUAAAUAUCCUUUGUUCAGAAGUGA